AUGGGGAUCAUCGAAAGGAUCAAAGAAAUCGAGGCCGAGAUGGCUCGGACGCAGAAGAAUAAAGCUACAGAGUAUCAUUUGGGUCAGCUCAAGGCAAAGAUUGCAAAGCUCAGGACACAGCUGUUGGAGCCUCCAAAGGGUGCUAGUGGAGGCGGGGAAGGUUUUGAAGUUACCAAGUACGGUCAUGGACGUGUUGCGCUUAUAGGAUUUCCAAGUGUUGGAAAGUCCACCCUUUUGACGAUGUUAACUGGAACACAUUCUGAAGCAGCCUCGUAUGAAUUUACAACACUUACAUGCAUCCCUGGAGUAAUUCACUACAAUGACACAAAGAUCCAGCUUCUCGAUCUUCCUGGAAUUAUUGAAGGUGCUUCGGAAGGAAAGGGGCGAGGAAGGCAGGUUAUUGCUGUUGCAAAGUCUUCCGACCUUGUAUUGAUGGUUCUUGAUGCCUCAAAGAGUGAAGGCCACAGGCAGAUAUUGACUAAGGAACUUGAGGCAGUGGGCUUGCGGCUAAACAAAAAGCCUCCACAGAUAUACUUUAAAAAGAAGAAGACUGGUGGAAUCUCUUUCAAUACUACAGCACCCUUAACUCACAUUGACGAGAAGCUCUGUUAUCAAAUCCUGCAUGAGUACAAAAUCCACAAUGCUGAGAUCCUAUUUCGUGAGAACGCCACAGUGGAUGACUUUAUCGAUGUAAUUGAAGGCAACCGCAAGUAUAUUAAGUGUGUUUAUGUGUACAACAAAAUAGAUGUUGUUGGGAUAGAUGAUGUGGAUAGACUAGCACGGCAGCCAAAUUCCAUUGUUAUUAGCUGCAAUCUAAAGCUAAACUUGGACAGACUACUUGCAAGAAUGUGGGACGAAAUGGCCCUUGUGAGAGUUUACUCGAAGCCUCAAGGCCAGCAACCAGAUUUCGAUGAGCCUUUUGUCCUCUCAUCUGAUCGAGGUGGCUGCACAGUUGAAGACUUCUGUAACCAUGUCCACAGGACUCUGGUGAAGGAUAUGAAGUAUGCCCUUGUGUGGGGCACAAGCGCAAGGCACAAUCCUCAGAACUGUGGUCUUUCUCAGCAUCUUGAAGACGAAGAUGUUGUUCAGGUCGUCAAGAAAAAGGAGAGAGACGAAGGAGGAAGAGGCCGGUUCAAGUCGCACUCAAACGCUCCUGCGAGAAUUGCAGACCGAGAGAAGAAAGCUCCUCUUAAGCAAUAA